UUGACUGUCUCCUUCAUUUCAGUCUCGCACUGCAGAGUCCCGUCGAGCUGCCCGUCCUUCUGAGAGGAGGGAAACAGGCACAUUGCAAUGAUCUCGCCGGAGUUCAAUUUCAAUAUUUUGACUCGGGACCUGUCACAUUAUGUGGAAAAUCAAGUGAAAGUUGGACUCUUCGACUCCGGUAUAGGAUUCUCCCUGGUGCUGGGGUUUAGCGCUGCCUACACCUGCUACUAUUUACUAUCAGUAGCGAAGAAGCCGCAGCUCAUCUCCGGGGGUAAAAAGUUCUACCAGUUUUUGAGGGAUCAUUGUCCUGUUGUGUCCGAGACCUACUAUCCCACCUUCUGGUGCUGGGAGAGCCGAAUUCAGACUCUACUAAGACCAUUCGUUACAGCCAAACCUGGAGUUGUCUAUAGAAAUGAGCUUAUUAAAGCAGCAGAUGGAGGGCAGAUCUCAUUGGAUUGGUUUGACAACGACGACAGCUCCUCGCACCCCGACCCGUCCUGUCGACCCACCGUUCUGCUCCUGCCCGGUCUCACAGGCACCAGCCGAGAGUCCUAUAUUCUGCACAUGGUCCAACAGAGCCGAGAUCUCGGAUACAGAUGUGUGGUAUUCAACAACAGAGGGGUGUGUGGAGAGACUCUGCUGACCCCAAGGACAUACUGCGCUGCUAACACGGAGGACUUGGAGACUGUUAUUGAACACAUCCAGAGGAGUUGCGCAGUUGCCCCUCUCAUGGCGGCUGGUGUGUCCAUGGGCGGGAUGAUGCUGGCGAACUACCUUGGUCGUAAGGGUCGUGAAACAUGUCUGAAAGGGGGUGUGGUCUUCUCAGCAGGCUGGGAUGUGUUUGAGUGCACUGCCUCUCUGGAAAAACCUCUGGACCGAUUCCUCUUCAACUCCUACCUCACCAGCUGUCUACAGGCCUCAGUGGACAGACACAGACCCGUGCUUGAAAAGUGUUAUGACAUUGAUCACGUAAUGAAGGCAAAGACCAUUCGUGAAUUUGAUGAGAGGUUUACGUCCAUAAUGUUCGGGUACCCCACAAACGAUGAUUACUACCGAGAUGCUAGUCCGAUCCACAGGCUAAAGUCAGUGCAGGUGCCACUGCUUUGCCUCAACGCUGCUGAUGAUGUCUUCUCCCCCAGUCAUGCCAUCCCGGUUGAAGCAGUGAAGCAGAAUCCAAACCUGGCGAUGCUUAUCACUUGUCACGGCGGCCAUAUUGGAUUCCUGGAGGGGCUGUGGCCGCGGCAGAGCACUUACAUGGACCGAGUUUUUAAGCAGUUUGCCAAGGCAGUCAUUGAACAGGGCAGUCGUCUUCAGGACCUUUCCUGAUAUCACCUCAUUCUCUAGUUUUAUUCCUAUUUUUACACUUUUACAUUCAAUUUCUAUAGGUCAUAUUACAUUCCUGAGUUCUGUUUUCAUUUGUCUUUCACCUAAGCAUUACUCAGCCUUACUGUCAUUCCACCUUACUAUAUUCCAUAAUGCACCACAAUCCAAUCAUCACAUUAUGCUGAAAGAAUAUCUCUGUUAAGGCCUCCCGUAUUUUGACUGGACUCUGUACCAUCACUGUUUUUCUUCUUUCUUUUGUUCCUUUUCUCUAUCAUUCCGUCCUAUUUUUUCUUUUCCCUUAAGUAAAGGUUAAGUAUUUAUUUAAAAUGGUGCCCAUUGUUUAAUACAGUGCUCUCUGUAACAAUUUUGAAAUUUGGGAAAUGAAAUCAGAAGACCCCAUUAUCAUGUUUUGAAUUGGAUCUUGUUUGUGACAAAUCCAUUUCCAAAAAGUACUUAAACUCUGGGCGCAGAUUCAGUUAUGCUUAUUGAUUGGACUGGUUAGCAAACAUCUAUUUUGUGCAAUUAUUUUGGCACUUUUUAAGCACUGUAAAACCAUCAUACCUCAUGCAUUUGUUUAUUAUUGUCCUAUGUAGUUUUAAGUUUUUGUCCUUAUUGUAUGCACCUUUCCACCUUUUUAAACACACCAAAUGUAAUAUCUUUAAAUGUAACAAAUGAAUUUAUGACUUGGGAAUGUGAAUCAUGUCCUCCAUCUGUUUGGUGUAUGAAAAUAUUUUCCAAAUGCUGAAGAAAGCUUUUGCAGUCAUAUAUCAACAAUUAUAAUUAAAUAGAUUAUUUAAUUCUUAAUUUAUUACACUUAUUUCAAGCAGUUCAAGUCUAAAAGUGAAAUUGAUUUUAUUCAGAAGAGGUAGAGAGUUAGAGUAACUUAAAAAAAGAUAUGUGUUUUUGCCCCAAGUGUUAAGUAUGUCAUAAUCGCGACAAUACAAAUGCCUCAGAUGUUUUGCUCUUUGCAGGUACAAAUGGGCUCCGUCCUCACAUUUUCCUGCUCCAAGGACAAAUCUUGGUCUUAGUUUAGUCUUUCUUUGGUCCUGGUUUGGUUCUAGUUCAGUCCUAGUUGUGGAUUAUUCCUGAUUUUGCACUGACUUCAACCGCAGUCAUUUGAAAGCCAAAUAUUGUCUGAGGUGGUACUUUGCAUGAAAUAUUGGUAAUAGUUAUUAACAAUACAGCUUUCAGUUUGGAUUGGAAAACUACAAUGAAUGGCCUUUUUUCUAUUAUCCAAAUUCACUGAUGUAGCACUCUAUUGUAUGUUUCUUUUGUGAAAAUGCCAGUGGUUGGUUAUGUAUGUGAACUCUGAGGAAGCCAGAUAAACAACAUGAAUGAAGGCAUACAAAUAUGCCAUAGGAAGUAAAGUAGUACAUAGUACUUUCGGCAUGACACAAAAUCCAUAUUAUUGAACUUUUCUGCUUGAUGCUUGUUCCUGAUUCACUUUUGCCAACAAUGAUCCAACGACUGAAUAUGAAUGAGUUGGCAAUAAAGAAAGGGGCUGCCAUGUGACUACACACAAUUCCAUUCUUAAUAAAGUUUUAAACUGAGCUGGAGGACAGGUCAGAAUACUAUGGUAGAGACGCUGUAAAACUAUUAAAGUGCAAAUGUUUUGACCUGCAUAAUAUCUAUGUAAAUACUGGGCCUAUCCACAUGAAAUAAAGACUGAUCUCUGCCAGG